UUCCUGUGAUUUUCAUUUAAUUGUUACACUAUUAUUGUGAAUUUUAAAUUAUCAUCUAUACAAGUGAUUAAUUAGCUUAUUUACAAAUGACACAAACUCUCCAAUUAUGGAGAGAGUAUACAAACUUCAAGUCCAUGGAAGUGUUAAAGUAGAAGAGGAACUUCUGAUUAGCUCUAAAGAUGCUGCUGAUUUUAAAAAAGAUGAUGUCUUAGAAAUCUAUUCAGAUGAAGUUAAUUACAGUCAUCUAUUGCUCUGUCUUAAGGGUUACCUGGAUCCUAAAGAUGUUAAAUCAAAGGAUAAGCAAUGUAUUAGUAUUGAACAAUCAAUCGCCAGUAGUUUCCACCUUCGACCUUACCUGGACGUUAAAGUGCGAAAAGUUAAUCCGAAAGAUGUUACCCUUGACUCUGUUGAGUUAAGUUUUAAAGACCAAUAUCUAUCUCGAAGUGAUAUGUGGAGGAUAAAAUGUCAUUUAUUAAAAAGUUGCGUUUAUCUAAACAAAACGAUAAUCUAUGCUAAUAUACGAUGUACAGUGUUCGAGAUGUGGUCUCAGGGUGAACGGGUUGCCUGUGGUUAUAUUGGUGAAGAUACUAAAGUUGUAUUUCGAUCAGCAUCUAGUAUGGUUUAUCUUUUUAUUCAAAUGAGCAGUGAAAUGUGGGACUAUGAUAUUAAUGGUGAUCUCUACUUCGAAAAGGCUAUAAACGGAUUCUUAUACAAUCUAUUUGCCAAAUGGAAGAGAUUCAAUUGUACACAUGAUGUAACCAUUGUUUUGUUUUCUCGGACAUUUUAUAAAGCCAAAAGUACUGAUGAAUUUCCUCAUGAGAUGAGACAAUGUCUUCAACAAGAUUACAAGAAUCGAUUCUAUGAAGAUUUUUACAGAGUUGCUGUACAAAAUGAUCGCUUUGAAGAUUGGAAUUCAGUUCUUAUUCAACUCAAGACACAUUUCAAUGAAUAUGAAAAAGAGGUAUUAAGAUACCAUGAUAAGCCUGGAGUGAAAAUACCCAAAGCAUUCAAUUCAACAUCUUCUCAGGGUAAUUUUCUUGAAGUCCUCAACAUGUCACUCAACGUCUUUGAAAAACAUUAUCUUGAUCGUAGUUUUGACCGAACUGGACAAUUAUCUGUAGUUAUCUCUCCGGGAGUUGGCGUUUUCGAGGUUGAUUUCGAGCUUAGUAACAUAACAAAACAACGAAUCAUUGACAACGGUAUCGGCAGUGAUUUAGUUUGUCUCGGAGAGCAACCUCUACAUGCUGUACCUCUUUUCAAGUUCAAUCGUGGUAACACCUCACCUUAUCCACUGACUGCUGCUGAUCUCUAUAAUAUGCCUCAUUGGAUCAAUUUAAGUUUUUACUCAUCAUCUAAUAAUCACUUUUGCUCAAGUUAUGUACCUCGUAUUAAGAUGCCAAACAUUUUACCAAAGAGUGAAAAACCCAAUUGGAACAAGCAAUCUAACCUUUAUCGCUCACCUAGUAGAGACUUAACUUCAAAUGACUCAGCCAAUAAUUUCUGUCCGAUUAUGUCGGUUCUUGACUAUGAUGAAUAUGAUGAAAAAGUUUUCAAGGCUCAAUCCCAUGUCUUUGCAGCCAAUUAUACGUGCCAACCAUCGACUCGAAGGAAAUCAACAAUGGGCUCUCAUUUUCAUCUUGCUGAUUUUUCUGAAACUGAUCGGAAUCAACGAAGAGCCUCUGACGCUUUAGCUUUUGGUCUGGAGAUGAACAAUCAACCAACUAAUUCUAAUUCCAUAUCAACUGCUAUGUCAAUACCUACAAAUAACAAUUCUCAAAGCGCUUCUAGUCACGGAACUCUUUCUACUUCUGUUGAAAGUAAAACCACAAAAGCCCUCCGACUUAAAUUAGAAUCCAAGGAUGACCUUACUCUCCACAGGUACAAUAACCCAACACUGCCAUAUCGAGGUAGAGCCACUACAUCCCGGCCAAAAGCCUUGAUUAAUCCGUUUGAUCCUUCCCAUGUAUCCAUUAAGUUGACUUCUAAUCGUCGUCGUUGGACUCACGUUUUCCCUCUUGGCCCAACGGGUAUUUUUAUGCAACAACAUCAUUACCAAGCAGUUCCCCAAAAUACAGCGUGUACUUUACUUCCAUUAUCUGCUUGUAAUCGUAAAUCACGAAAUAGUAACAGUGAGAGUAACAAUGAGUCUAACGAUUGUGUCGGUAUCCAUAGACCCAAACAACAUCCACGUAGUGAUAGUUAUUCAUCUGUUGGUCGAAGUUUAAGUCCAAGCGGUGAUAGUCCACAUUCACUUGAAUCAACUCGAUCCAAGCGAGUUGGAAGUCGAACCGCUUCAAUUAUAUCAGCUGAUCCUCAUACCGAUAAAAGUUUAACAUGGGCCUGGGGAGCUACCGGUGAACAGGAAUGGACUCCAGCAAUUACAACCGGUGUCGAUUGGAAGUCACUUGUUAUUCCAGCCUGUCUUCCAUUGACCACUGAUUUUAUACCUGAUAAUCGUAGUUUAGACAAUGAUUAUGUUACCUCAGAAUAUAGUUUACUUCCGGAAGUAUUGGUAAAUGAUUCUUCUCGUUCUGGUGAUAAUGAGAUGGAAAAUCAAUUAACUCGGUCCCCAUUAACUACUACACAAGUUUACAAAGAGCUUAUCUGUCAAAGACUUCAAAUGGGUUUUCAAACAAUUGUUUACCCUAAAGAUAAUGUUCCCAGUUCAAUGAUUCUUAAUCCUCAAGGUGAUCCAUAUGAUCAAACUUUAAGUAUUGGUAGGAUUUUUCAUCGUUUAAAAUUGGAAAGCUCAAUGGUCAAUGUUAAAGUAUAUCGGCCUCGUCAUCCUUAUCCGGUUAAAAAGAUCCACUACUGUUAUCGUUUCCGUGCUCCCGACAAUGAGACUUACGGUGUUUCAUGGGCUGAUUUUGCUAGUGAAAAGUUAGAAUCUUAUACAUGGAAUUAUUUAGAUAAUUAUGUUUGUGCUCGAGGUGAUAAUGAAUAUGAAUUGAAAGAUGAUCUUAAAUAUUGGAGACUUCGUUUACUAGUUUUACCAAAACGUGAAUCGAUAACUCGUAAAGUAAUUGAUUCUCUUUAUGAAGCUGACAAUUCUGAUCCAACUUGUGAACUUUAUCCCAAUUGGGAUUUAGAAGAAAAAUAUCAAUUACAAGAAGUUUUAAAAUUUGUCGAAAUAAUUAAUACCAUUAGACGAAAUACAACAAGUGGACGACGAUUAGUUAGUGAUACACAAAAGAAUACUGAAAGUAAACGAAAAUCAGGUAUCUGUUUAAAAUCAAUUGUUCUUGCUAACAAAAUAAUAGAAAAUGGUUCAACCAAGGAUCGACUAUUAUCCAAUAAUCUAAUCAAUGUUAGGAAUAAAUUAACUGGAAGAUGUGAUAAUCGUCUUACUAACAAUCGCGAUGAAAUAGAUGGUAACUCUUCUUCCGUCAUUGUUCCCGUAACAGGAUUAAAUUUAGUGGAUUUAGAUAAAGCCGAUACAGAGGAUUACAUUGAAUCGAUUCAGCCCAAAAAAUUGAACACGAGUAUGUCCCAUAAAACGUUGGUCGAUAAAUUGAAAAAUCACUCAAAUGUUUAUUUCUUUGGUAGAGAUAUUUGUCUCCCAGAAUUUACAUUCAUCAGCGCUGAAGCGGUUUCAUGGGCUAUUGAAUCAAUUGAUGGUGUAUUCAAUGAGGAAAAUGCUUCUGAUCUAUUCCAAGAGAUGUUAAAUUGUGGAUUAAUUUGUCAUGCAUCGGGUUAUAAUAAGAUUCCAUUUGAAUAUGGUUUACAUUUUUACUUUAUUGUUGACAAAUGUAAUGAACAAUUGAUUGAUGAUGAUGAAUGUAAAUAUGAAUUGUUCCAGCGAAGUUGGUUUGAAGUGAAAUUAUUACCUGCUCGAGUAUCAGGUCCAAGUGAAUGGUCAAAACCACCAAGUGAAAUUGUUAAACUUAGAAAGUCAAUUAUGCAAUUUAAUAGAGCAGUAAUUGAUUUAGAUGCUACGGGUAAAGGUGGACGAGUUGAAUGGUUACACGCUAAAUAUCAGGCCUCUUAUCAUCCAGAUUAUUCAUAUGAGAUGGAGCUCCAAUGGAUGGUUGCUACAAGUAGUCAACUUGUUGAUAUUGUCCAACAAUGGGCUCGUAAAACGGGUGCCGGUGGAUUUCAUUUAGUCCCAAUUCCAAAUGAUCCGUUUGCUUUACCAUUCGCAAGUAAAUCAGAUCCUCUUCGUGGUCCCAUUUUUAUACAACUUAAUCUAGAUGAGUUACCUUCUAAAGCUCGGCAAUAUCUUCAAGGAGAUAAUCUGAUUAACUUUCGAAAAGAUAUUCUUAAAAGAUUCGGGUUUUUAACCUUUAACGAAGCGGCUCAAGAUCAGCGGCAACAAUUUAUCCAUGUCUCUGGAAGUAUUUUUGUCCUUUUACCUGAUACAAGUUCAGAAACGAAAUCACAAAAAGGAGUAUCAAAGGCUGAAGAUAUUUGCAGUCCCCACGAAGAAUACAUCACCAGGCAUUUUUCUGGAGUCAAGCAAACGGAUCGAAAUGGAUUAGAAGAUAUCAGAAAUGGGUUCUUAUGGGCUUGGAAUUACAUGAUAACCAAACGAUGGAGGAGCAACGUUACUGGAGAUGAAACUUAUAUGAGACGAUUCAUGAGAAAUUUCCGUCGAUUCUGUUGGAAUACAGGGGGACGAUUAGUUGCCUUUUGGAAUGAGUAUAGUGAGAAUGCAAUUAAAGAUGCAUCUUUGGCAUUUGAAUCAAGUGUCUAAUUACCUGAUCGUUUAGGUUUAAUCAAUCAAUCAAAACAUUUAAUUCUCACUUUCGAAACAAAGUCAAAACAUACGAAGAGAUGAAAAUCUUUUCUUAUCAUUCAAAUUUCGGACUCUGUUGAUCAUAACAAAUCUAAAUGGAGAGAGAAAGAGAGCUGCCUAAGCCAUAACAAUCAUCAAAUUAGAUUAAUCAUUAAUUUGAUUUGAUAAUCUGCGAAUAUCAUUAAUUUGAAUCCCAAAGGAAGUGUAAGGAAAACCAAAUCCUUGAAUCCAAGAUGCACAAAAUCACUCAUAUCAUUUAAAAAACUUCCUACUGAUCAACAUCAUAACAACCUCGAAGUCAUAAUAAUUACAGCUAAUUGCAAACUGUUAACUGAUCAUCAUCUUUGUUACUCAUUUUGGAUGAAUUAAAUUUUUUAAUAAUUGUUUCAGAUGAAAA